AGACCUACGCGCCCGCUGGCCGAGCUGGGGAGGGACCCAGGCUACUGCGCUGAACGGAAGUGCGGCUGAGCAGGUUUCCGGGGCCGCUGGUGUGACGUGUCCCGCGCUUGGCGUAGCAGGAAGCGGCGGCGAUCGCGGCCUGAGUUCCCGGCGCCGGCCCCGGCUCUUUUCCCGCUGCCGCCAUGCUCGACUUCUUCACCAUUUUCUCCAAAGGCGGGCUAGUGCUCUGGUGCUUCCAGGGCGUGAGCGACUCAUGCACCGGGCCAGUUAACGCGUUGAUUCGUUCCGUGUUGCUGCAGGAAAGGGGAGGUAACAACUCCUUCACCCAUGAGGCACUCACGCUCAAGUAUAAACUGGACAACCAGUUUGAGCUGGUGUUUGUGGUAGGUUUUCAGAAGAUCCUAACACUGACGUACGUAGACAAGUUGAUAGACGAUGUGCACCGGCUGUUUCGUGACAAGUACCGCACUGAGAUCCAACAGCAAAGUGCCUUAAGUCUACUGAAUGGCACUUUUGAUUUCCAGAAUGACUUUCUGCGGCUCCUUCGUGAAGCAGAGGAGAGCAGUAAGGUCCGUGCUCCCACAACCAUGAAGAAAUUUGAAGAUUCUGAAAAGGCCAAGAAACCUGUGAGGUCCAUGAUUGAGACACGGGGUGAAAAGCCUAAGGAAAAAGCCAAGAACAGCAAAAAAAACAAGGGGGCCAAGAAGGAAGGUUCUGAUGGCCCUUUGGCUACCAGCAAAGCAGUCCCUGCAGAAAAGUCAGGUCUCCCAGUGGGGCCUGAGAACGGGAUAGAACUUUCCAAAGAGGAACUGAUCCGCAGGAAGCGAGAAGAGUUCAUUCAGAAGCAUGGGAGGGGUAUGGAGAAGUCCAGCAAGUCCAGUAAGUCAGAUGCUCCCAAGGAGAAGGGCAAAAAAGCGCCCCGGGUGUGGGCACUGGGUGGCUCUGUCAACAAGGAAGUCCUGGACUAUAGCGCUCCUACGGCCAAUGGGGCCCCCGAGGGCGCCCCGCCCGAGGACAUCAACUUGAUUCGAGGGACUGGGUCUGGGAGGCAGCUUCAGGAUCUGGACUGCAGCAGCUCAGAUGACGAAGGGGCCGCUCAAAACUCCACCAAACCUAGUGCUACCAAGGGGACUCUGGGUGGCAUGUUUGGGAUGCUGAAGGGCCUGGUGGGUUCCAAGAGCUUGAGUCGUGAAGACAUGGAAUCUGUGCUGGACAAGAUGCGUGACCAUCUCAUUGCUAAGAACGUGGCAGCAGACAUUGCGGUCCAACUCUGUGAAUCUGUUGCUAACAAGCUGGAAGGGAAGGUGAUGGGGACGUUCAGCACGGUGACUUCCACCGUAAAGCUAGCUCUCCAAGAGUCCCUGGUGCAGAUUCUGCAGCCACAGCGCCGUGUGGACAUGCUCCGGGAUAUCAUGGAUGCCCAGCGUCAUCAGCGCCCUUACGUGGUCACCUUCUGUGGCGUGAAUGGCGUGGGGAAGUCUACUAACCUUGCCAAGAUUUCCUUCUGGCUGUUAGAGAAUGGCUUCAGUGUCCUCAUUGCUGCCUGUGAUACAUUCCGUGCUGGGGCUGUGGAGCAGCUGCGGACACACACCCGACGUUUGCGCGCCCUGCACCCCCCCGAGAAUCACGGUGGCCGCGCCAUGGUGCAGUUGUUUGAGAAGGGCUACGGCAAGGAUGCUGCUGGCAUCGCCAUGGAAGCCAUUGCCUUUGCACGUAACCAAGGCUUUGAUGUGGUGCUGGUGGACACAGCUGGCCGCAUGCAGGACAAUGCCCCUCUGAUGACUGCCCUGGCCAAGCUCAUUACUGUCAACACACCCGACUUGGUGCUGUUUGUGGGGGAGGCCUUAGUAGGCAAUGAGGCCGUGGACCAGCUGGUCAAGUUCAACAGGGCCUUGGCUGACCAUUCUAUGGCCCAGACGCCUCGGCUCAUUGAUGGCAUUGUCCUUACCAAAUUUGAUACCAUCGAUGACAAGGUGGGAGCUGCUAUUUCUAUGACCUACAUCACAAGCAAACCCAUCGUCUUUGUGGGCACCGGCCAGACCUACUGUGACCUACGCAGUCUCAACGCCAAGGCCGUGGUGGCUGCCCUCAUGAAGGCUUAAUGUGGCUCUUGGCCAAUACCAAAUCACCGCUUCCCCCCAAAGCCCCCAUCCCUGUAUCAAGAAUGUGCUUUAGAGUACGUGAGCAACUUGCCUUCAGUGUAGUUCAAAGGCAGAGUGAGGGGAGCUCCAGGCGAGGGCUUGCAGCCCCUCCUAACCCCACUCCCUGUUCAGCCCAGCCUCCCUCUGCAAGGAGGGCCUAAUCAUGUUACAGUCAGUCACUGCCCAUUACCCGCCCCCAGCCCCAUGCUCCUCCCCCUUCCUACUCACACAGGCAUCCCUUCACUCUGCCUACAGACUCGGUCUCAUUACAGCUUUGACCAAUGGUUAGAAGAUCCAGCACCAGAGCUUUGCUAGUUAAGUGUGGUCAUGGGGACGUCCGAGCAUCAUCCCCAGCUCCAUUAGAUAAAGAGCUUCCAGAGCCAGCUCUGGGUCUUGAGUGGCACCUCCCCCUAGGAUAUACACAGCUUUCAGGUCCCUGGGGCCAGGACGACACCCCCACACUGUGGCAGUGUAUGGCCUGUUCUUAAUUGCUGCUGAUUCCAGGAUGACCCCUGGCCCCGUUUCCCCAAAGCAUCAGCUAGGCCACAGUGAUGUGUUAGAGAUGAGCGAAAGAGGAGUCGCUGCUUCCCUCAGAGAUGAAGGGAGCCGAGCUGCAGUGCUGCACUGGGCUUCUCGGCCUCCAAGAUCUCCUCCCACUUCCAGAAUCCAGACAUACCUUUGCAUGUUCCCCUUCCCGGGAGAAAACCAGCUGUCAGAAGGGGAGACACACUGCCCCCUCCCCCUCUUCCCCUGGGCUGGAUCCUGGCGUUUCCUCAUCCUCUACAGUGCCUGGUAGACAAGCGCUACGUUGAAUACAGACCUUGUUAAGACCUGUCCUGUAGCUUGGGGUUACAGAUGUGCUAUUAGUGCAAUAAGGUGACGGCUGUCUGCCCAGAGAAAUACAUAAUUUAUAUAAGAAAAUAAAUUUCAUAAAUAAAUUGCC